CCACCCCCCUAUCGUAAUCAUCGUCGUCACCGUCUCUUUAUCAUCUCGCAUCACCAUUAUCCAUUGUCUCUGUCCUCUUCCUUCGAACCCAUCAUCCUGUAUCCUCUUCCUUCUCAUUGCCUUCGGCGCCACUAGUUUCCUACAUACAUCACUCCAUACUUUACCAAAGAACUCCCAAGAACCUCGAACGAAACACUGUCAACAUGUCUAACCCUACCACCAUUCCCCAGGCAAAUGGAAAGGCACCAGCUCAGGGCCCCGCAGUCCGUCAGCUCAAUUCCCAGAACGGCCUGGUCCACGUGCAACCAGCACGUCUGGAGGAUUUGCAGCCCAGAUAUGCCUCGCAGGUCCAGCAUGCUUCUGAUGACCCUGCUGCGCAUGGAUGGUACGCGGGAUUCAUGCACGGUCUCGGAGAAUUCAUUGGCUGCCUAGGCGCCAUUCCGUGCUGCAUCUGCUGUCCGAAUCCCUUCAAGCCUGUCAACCAAGGCGAAGUUGGCCUGAUCACAAAAUUUGGACGCUUCGAGCGUGCCGUCGACCCUGGCCUUGUCAAGGUGAACCCCAUCAGCGAGAAUCUCAGGACGGUUGACGUCAAGAUCCAGAUUGUCGAGGUUCCCCGCCAGGUCUGCAUGACCAAGGACAAUGUCACUCUCAAUCUGACCUCCGUCAUCUACUACCAAGUCACCCAUCCACACAAGGCUGCCUUCGGUAUUGCCAACAUACGACAGGCGCUAAUCGAGCGUACCCAAACCACUCUACGCCAUGUCAUCGGUGCCCGCGUCCUACAGGACGUGAUUGAACGACGCGAGGAAAUUGCUCAGUCAACCUCCGAAAUCAUCGAGGAGGUGGCUACCGGCUGGGGUGUCAUGGUUGAGUCCAUGCUCAUCAAAGAUAUCAUCUUCAGCGAUGACCUGCAGGAUUCCCUCUCCAUGGCAGCUCAGUCCAAGCGGAUCGGUGAGAGCAAGGUCAUUGCCGCUCGAGCUGAAGUGGAAUCCGCCAAACUCAUGCGCCAGGCCGCCGAUAUCCUCUCUUCCGCUCCUGCCAUGCAGAUUCGCUACCUAGAGGCAAUGCAAUCCAUGGCCAAGACCGCUAAUAGCAAGGUCAUCUUCCUGCCUGCAAUGAACCAGACCGUCAUGCAGGAAAUUGCCAACAACGCCGGGGAGGGAUCUAGCAAACCAUUGGAAACGCAAGAUGGUUUCCAGCAAGCCAUGAAUGCGCGAAUGGUUGAGACUAUAUGAAUGUUCGCCCUGUUGAGUGACCUCGGCAGUUCGAUAUCUCCUCCGAAAUAAUGAUUUUUACCAGCGGGUUAUCAAUUGCUGGUACUCCUGCGCUUUAGCGCACCCUAUACAUUGUCUUUGAUCUCCCUUUGAUAUUGAUUCCCCCGUCGAUGUUCCCGACGCUGCUUAAUACCUACUUGCUAGUAAUUUCUAGUGACGAUACCCGCUUUGCUAUUUGGUUGGAUGUUUUUGCUUUUUGGAAACAGAUUUAAUAAUCCCAUUUACAUUUGCUACUUGUUUUCUAUCCACCAGAAAAUUUUGUUGGACAAACCUUCAUAGUUA